AUGAACAAACUGACCUUCCACAACAACCGAGUCAUGCAGGACCGCCGCAGCGUUUGCAUCUUCCUCCCCAACGACGACUCCCUCAACAUUAUCAUCAACGUGAAGAUUUUGUGCCACGAGUUGCUGGUGCAGGUGUGUGACCUCCUGAGGCUGAAGGACUGUCACCUCUUUGGGCUCAGCGUCAUCCAGAACAAUGAGCACGUGUACAUGGACCUGGCCCAGAAACUCUACAAGUACUGCCCCAAGGAGUGGAAGAAGGAGGCCAGCAAGGUCAGCGGUGAGGUCUUGCAUGGAGAGCUGACGGCAGGGAUCGACCAGUUUGGCCCCCCGAUGAUCAUCCACUUCCGAGUGCAGUACUACGUGGAGAAUGGCCGGCUGAUCAGGUAGGGUGCNNNGCGCUAUUACUACUACUGGCACCUGCGGAAGCAAGUGCUGCACUCCCAGUGCGUGCUGCGCGAGGAGGCUUACUUCCUCCUCACCGCCUUCGCCCUCCAAGCCGACCUGGGCGACUUCAAGCGCAACAAGCACUACGGGAAGUACUUCGAGCCCGAAGCCUAUUUCCCCGCCUGGGUGGUUGCGAAGAGGGGCAAGGAUUACAUCCUGAAGCACGUCCCAAACAUGCACAAGGACCAGUUCGCCCUGACGGCCUCUGAAGCCCAUCUCAAGUACAUCAAGGAGGCCGUCCGGCUGGACGAUGUGGCUGUGCACUACUACCGGCUGUACAAGGACAAAAGGGAAGUGGAGGCCUCGCUGACACUGGGGCUGACGACACGGGGCAUCCAGAUCUUCCAGAACCUGGAGGAAGAAAAGCAGCUGCUCUACGACUUCCCCUGGACGAAUGUGGGCAAACUGGUGUUCGUGGGCAAGAAGUUUGAGAUCCUGCCGGACGGGCUGCCCUCGGCCAGGAAGCUCAUCUACUACACGGGCUGCCCGCUGCGCUCCCGCCACCUCCUGCAGCUGCUCAGCAGCAGCCACCGCCUCUACAUGAACCUGCAGCCCGUCCUGCGCCAGGUCCGCAAGCUGGAGGAGAACGAGGAGAAGAAGCAGUACCGGGAGUCAUACAUCAGCGACACCCUCGACCUGGACAUGGAGCAGCUGGAGAAGCGCUCGCGGGCCAGCGGCAGCAGUGCUGGCACCCACGCCCCCGGCGUGGAGAGCGGCGGGAAGGACCGGCUGGAGGAGGACUCCCAGGAUGAUGAAAUCGAGAUGCUGGUGGAUGACCCCCGGGAGCUGGAGCAGGCUGGCGAGAUGGAGGUGAGCCCCGACAUGUGCGUCUACAUCACGGAGGACAUGCUGCUGUCACGCAAGUUCAACGGGCACUCGGGGCUAAUCGUGAAAGAGAUCAGCUCCUCCACCUCCAGCUCCUCGGAGACAGUGGUGAAGCUGCGGGGGCAGAGCACCGACUCCUUACCCCAGACGACGUGCAGGAAACCGAAGACGUCAACGGACCGGCACAGCCUGAGCCUGGAUGACAUUCGGCUCUACCAGAAGGACUUCUUGCAGCUGGCCAACCUCUGCCAGGAUACGGCCCAGAGCUACACCUUCGGCUGCGGCCACGGGCUGGAGGAGGAAGGGCUCUACUGCAAUGGCUGCUUGGCCCAGCAGUGCAUGAACAUCCAGGAGACCUUCCCCGUCAAAAGAACCAGCAAAUACUUCUCGUUGGAUCUCACCCACGACGAAGUCCCCGAGUUCGUCGUCUGA